CGAGUUGAGGUAGACCCGCGCGGCUAGUCGGUGCUCGACGGCCUCGCGACAUGGAGGACGAAGAGGACUCUCCUGUGGCCACGCUGCCCCCGGAGUUGCUGCAGCAUGUCUUCUCGUUCCUGGACAUGACGAACCUCUGCGCGGUGGCGGACGUCUGCCGAAAGUGGCGAGAUCUUUCGCGGUGCGCGUCGCUCUGGAGGCACCGUCACGUAGAUCUCGACUGUGCCGAGGACGGUUUCCUCUUCCUGAAGAUCAUGAAGAACGCCCCUGAACUGGCCAGCAUCACGGUUGAAGAAAAUAGUGUACCGGGUUUCUCGGACAUUGAACCCUUGGAGCCUGGAUCGAUGGUGUGCGACACGGUACGCGCGCUCCGUGUCGGUUUGAAGGACGAUGAGUCACCCCACUACGACUCCGCGCUGGCCUUGCUGCGUCGCUACUCCCCGACCGUAGAGACACUCGAGUUGGGGGCGUUGGACGCGGAGAUACUCCACGCCCUGGCGGCGGCGCGGCGUCUCCGCAAGCUCAAAAUCGUCAGCCCUCUUCGCGAGUCGGUCACCGUGUCGGCGCUGAGGGCGGCUGUCCAGACCUGCGGAGCCAUCGAGGACCUGGACUUGGAAAGGAUGUGCGAGUACGCGGAGCAAGAUGAUAGCACAGUCGAGCCCAGCGAGGUGGUCCGGGAGUUCGUCGGGGCCACGGGGAGCACACUGCGCAGCCUCAAUCUGCCCGCCAGCUUCUGGGGCAUCGAGGACGACGUGCUGGACGAGGUGGUGAGGAAAUGUGUGCUGCUCGAGUCGCUGGGGGCUGAAUUCCGCUACGCUAACCGUCUCAUCCAGUGCCUGCCGCGCCUGCGCAGUCUGCGGCUGGUGUCGUCGGAGCAGACGGCGACCAGGGAGUACAUCGAGGACUUGCAGCAGGUGGUGCGCCUCGGCGUAGGGGACGCCGUACCCUUAGCACGAGUGGAGCACCUGGCCCUGCAAUUAUACUACGUGGCGUACCAGUGGGAGGACGCCGACUACGCCACCGCGCUCAUGAGGCUCUGCCCACGACUGCAGUCCCUGGACCUGGAUAUCGAGGGUUUCGUGUACAUCGCCCAGGACGUCCAGGUCACCCUCGGAAGGCUGCGAAACCUGCUGGAGGCCGCCGGCACGGCUAGGACGCGGUUGAACAUCUUCAGCGAGCCAAACAAAGCCGUCGAGGAGGCCGUGUUGUCCGUCAUGCCCUCCAUCGCCGAGCUGACCUUCACCACCAGCAAGCAGUGUUAGUUAAGUGUUAUGUUAAAUUAAGGAUCCCUGUAUUCGAUCCAAAUAUGUUUUACCGAAGACUGUGAACUCUCAUAUCAAAAAAUGUGUGGUCUUGAGCAGAGUCAUGGACAGAUCUUAUUGUAUAGCGUAAGAGUUGAAUGUCCGUAACGCUGCAUUUGUUACACGAUGAUGUGACACAGUGUGUAAUACUCACUGCCCCGAGCCGGAGAAGUGUGUAACUGUUUCGCAUUGCCCCGACCCGUGGUAACAAGUAAAGAAAGUGGUAGGUAACAAAAGCGAUAA